AUGCCAUUGGUAGACCCCGUGACCAUGGCCUCCACGCCGACCAAGCCCACGACGGCUACCGCCGCCGCCGCCGCCCUGCAGCCCGUUCCGAUCCAGCAGACGCCGGCUGGCCAGGCCGGCCGCUACGUCCACCCCGUCGUCCUCCUGGCGCUCUUCGGGAGCCAAUUCAACGCCCUCGUCACCGAUCCCGUCCGCGUGCUGGUGACAACGCUGCCGAUCGUCGCCGCCGUCCAGGUGGCCUACGUCUCGCUCUGCCUCCCCGCCGCCGGCAGCCAAGAUGCAAAGCCGGCGCGGAAGGCUAGGCCCGGCGAGAAGAAGAAGCAGGAUGGCAGCGGGCCGAACCCCGUCAUCGCCCUCUUCCUGUCGCUCCUCAUGACGGCCCUCGUCACGCCCGCCCUCCACCUCGCGUUCGUCCUCUUCGGCGCGCCCUUCCUCACGCACAUCCCGCACACGCUCCUGCUUUCGACGAACCUCGCCCUCCUGGCCCUCUUCCCCCUGUUCUACGUCCACGGCGUCGAGGCCAGCGCCUGGCUCGCCAUCGGCUCGGCCAUGGCCCCCUGGGACGAGACCUUUGGCGGCCUCGCCGGCGCGCUCUUCGGCGCCUGGCUCGGCGCCGUCCCCAUCCCUCUCGACUGGGACCGCGAGUGGCAGAAGUGGCCCGUCACCAUUCUCUACGGCUUGUACGCCGGCUACGUGGCCGGCAAGGUCACGGGUGGGUUCCUGCUGUUCGGCAAGAGGAUGGUCAGCCGCGUGGAGCGGGACGACAAGGAAGAGUAG